CCAUCCACCCAACGACCACAACAACACCGCAAUCAUGGGUAAGGGCAAGCCAAGAGGUCUUUUGGCCGCACGAAAGCUUCGCAACCACCGCCGUGAACAGCAGUGGGCCGAUCUUCACUACAAGAAGCGACUGUUGGGUACCGCAUACAAGUCCUCGCCAUUCGGAGGUUCUUCACACGCAAAGGGCAUUGUCCUCGAAAAGGUCGGUGUUGAGGCCAAGCAGCCCAACUCCGCCAUCCGGAAGUGUGUGCGUGUGCAGCUCAUCAAGAACGGCAAGAAGGUCACUGCUUUCGUGCCAAACGACGGUUGCUUGAACUUUGUGGAUGAGAACGACGAGGUCCUGCUUGCUGGUUUCGGUCGCAAGGGCAAGGCCAAGGGUGAUAUUCCCGGUGUGCGAUUCAAGGUCGUCAAGGUUUCUGGUGUCGGUCUCAGUGCUCUGUGGAAGGAGAAGAAGGAAAAGCCACGUUCGUAAACGUAACGACAUAUGAUCAUGCAUGCAGGCGAUGGGUUAAAUCAACACGGCGUUUGAAGAGCGGCAUCGUUCAGGUCGUCCAUGGUGGCUAUUACAACCGAAGCAGGACACUUUCACACAUGAGAGCCGCAUGAAUGGGGCCAUAGGGUUACUCUAGAGAGCAAGCACUACUACUGUGGAAUGAGAAGUCUUGCGUUGGCCGACCGUCACGCGAGUCGUAUAAAAGUCUGCACAUGGCUGGCAUCUUGGGCUGUGACAUGCAAAGC